AUGCCCGGAGUCAACCCACUGGGUUUCGUCUCAACCUCCCUCAAUUUUGUGGUCUCAAGACUCUCAACCAUGUCCUCCUCCGUAGUUGCUAGCGCCUCCUCCUCUUUCUCCACCGCCUUCUCUAGGAUCCACUGUAUCGAAACCUCUCCAAACUUCUCACUCGCAAUCCCUUGCCUUAAAAGCACAUUCCAAGGUGCAUCUCUUCAGGAAGCUGAAGGGGGAAUCUCAGAUCUUUUCAAAGCAGCAAGAAAGAGCGGUUUAAUCAAUGAAAGUAGAGGCCUUGAGAUUACAGCAAGAACUGCUGUGGCUUCAAAGACUACUGAGGUUGAGGUUGACAAGCCACUUGGCCUCACCUUGGGCCAAAAGUCUGGAGGUGGAGUGGUCAUCACUGUGAGUUUCACGCAAUUCUUUCUCAAUUUGCUGCAAAUUUUAAUGCAAUUUGCUGCCCUUUGA